AUGUCUGGUGAGACCCCAAAAGAGGUAGUGAUUAACAAGUGGGAUGUCGGUUCUUUGAAAUUAGCUCUUGAUGAUGCUGCUAAAGAGUUGUUCAUGAAAAAACUUGGUCUAGUUGAAACGCACCGAUUAUUUGAUGGACGAUUAUUUCUAUGUACAAUAUCUGUUCUGAUAGCUGGUUUUGGUGUUUUAUUUGACUAUAUAUACCCGCAUCCACGAUCUCGAACAGUUCUGAUAGUUUGUAUUUCUCUUUACUUCAUAAUGUCUGCAAUAAUAACACUGUAUGUAAUGUAUGUGGAAAAGAAUGUUUUCUUCACUGGAUUAAAAGAGGAUAAAACUGGAGUUGAUCCUGCUGAUACGUGGAAAAAAAAAAAAAAUAUGAAUAAAUACGAUCCUACAUACCAUUUUAGCCUAAAAGUGUGUGACGGUAUAAGCAAGAAAGUGAAAAUGUCUACAAUAGAAAAGUCUGCUGCUGAAUUUUUUAACGUAAAGGGAGAGUUACAAAGGGAUCGGUAUAAUGAAUUCCUACAACAUCUAGUAUCAGAUCUCUAUGGGGAUAAAAAGUCUCAAUAA